CAUUUACAUCUCUCGCUCUCUCUUUCUCCUCUCUCUCAGUCGCUCCGCACUGUCCAAGGAUUUUCACCUGGCUUCAUCUGGGGAAUGGUUGGUUGGUGAAGACGGUGAGCGAGGGAGAGAUAGAGACGGACAGAUAGAAACAGAGACCGACUGAGAGAGGGCAGUUUUCAGAGAGCAGCAGACGCAGUGAGAAAGCAAGAGAGACGGGCAGACUGAGAGAGGGAGAGAGAGAGAGAAAGAGAGAAGGAGUCACAGAGUGAAGGGGCAGCUGAGAGGGGUGUGUGCUGAUCCUGACGUAGACUGUGAGGAAGAGAGAGAACUGAGACAGAGGGAGGGAAGGAGAGAGUGGAGGGGGACUGAGAGAGGAAGACUGCGGGAGGAAGACACAGAGAAGGAGGGAGACGGAGACAUAGGGGAGGAGAGAGUGAGGGGGACUGAGAAAGAGAAACUGGGGUACAGAGGCAGAGGGACAGUGAGAGGAACAGAUAAACAAUAAGGGAACGAGAGUGAGGGAGCCUGUGAGAAGAAGGGGUUCAGAGAGAAAGAGAGAGAGAGGGGGGCACAGAGAGGGAGAUUAGGCAGAGGGAGUGAGACUGUGAGGUGGGGUGAAGGUGUGGGACGGGGAAGCACAGACUGUGUGUGUGCAUGUGAGAGGGAGAGAGACUGUGCUAGACCUGAUAUCAAACAGGCAAGAGAAGAAGGAGAGAAGGACGUACAGAGAUACACAGAGAGAGAGAGACAGAGAGGGACAGAGAGAGAUACAGAGAGAGACAGAGCGAGAGAGCUAUUGAAGGGAGGACAGUGGCCAGUGAGUGGGAACAACACAAGAUGGACACGCUGGAUGGAGCCACGUACAUGACAGGACCCACAAGGAGCCAUCUGGAGAAUUUCGCCUUCUCCAACCCAACCCUGAUGCUGGAGGAGUUAUCGGAGGACAUGAGUUCCAACUCCACUCCCCAAUUGACAAGCGAUGUCGAGGCGGGUGAAAGCAAGCGGAAACCUGGCAUGGAGCUGAAGUUCCGAGGCCUACACAUGGAAAUGAAAGGCCGCGAGAUCCUCUCCAAUGUGUCGGGGACCGUUCGACCAGGAGAGCUGCUCGCAGUGAUGGGACCUAGCGGCUCUGGGAAGACAACGUUGCUCAGCGUUCUGUCCGGGAGGCAGUGUGUGCAGUCAGGCAGCAUCAAAAUGAACGGGAGUCCCCUCAGCAAGCGUCUGCGACGCAGCAUGUGCUACGUCAUGCAGCAGGACAUCUUCUUCGCCAACCUGACGCUGAAGGACACCCUCAUGUACCAGGCCCACCUGAAACUGCCCAGUUCCAUGAAGCUGCAGGAGAAGGAGAAGAUUGUGGUUCGUUUGGUGGAGGAGCUGGACAUUCAGAAGUGCUACAACACCGUUAUUGGUGAUGAUAUUAAACGUGGCUUGUCUGGAGGGGAACAGAAACGUGCCAAUAUUGCCUGUGAGCUUUUGUCUGACCCUGCUGUUAUGCUCCUCGAUGAGCCGACCUCAGGCCUGGACUCGAGCACAGCCUACAGCCUGUGCUGUACUCUGAAGCGAUAUGUACUGAGACACCACAAGACGGUGGUUUCAUCCAUCCAUCAGCCGUCCUCCCAGAUCUACCACAUGUUCGACAAGAUCCUGGUAAUGAGCGAUGGAGAGAUUGCAUACUAUGGAGCGUCAUCCCAGAUUCUGGACUUCUUCGGGGCCUUGGGAUUACACUGCGGGCCGCAUUACAAUCCUGCAGACUUCAUCUUGGAUAAGAUCAAAGAGUCUGCCGAGGUCAGACAGCGGAUCGUGGAUUCGACAAAUGAGUUCAGAAAAACCAGCCUGGAAUCUCCACUGGAUCCCAGUUUCACGGGAGAGUCAGAAGAGAAUAUACCGAAUGGCCUCUCGAUCAACAAGCACACAGUCUCAAAUUUCAUCGAUAAAAAAGAUUUGGAAGAUGAGUCAGAAAGGAAAUGGCCCUCCUCAUUUUGGGUUCAGUAUCGCACACUGACCUCACGGAACUUCAAGCAGCAACGAGAGGUGAUCCUGUCCUGGAUGAACCUGGUCCAGACCCUCAGUAUGGCCAUUAUUCCUGGAGUGAUCUGGUGGCAGAUCCCCAAGGUCGAGGAACAGAUCCAAGCCAGAUCAGGGCUGAUGUACUUUAUCCUUCUUCACUGGGCUUUCACUCCUAUCUUCCACACCUUAAGCACAUUCCCACUGGAACGCCCAAUCAUUAAUAAGGAGAGGCUGUCUGGCUCCUAUUGUCUCUCUGCCUAUUACCUGGCGAAGAUGACGAGUGAGUUGCCGUUAAUCAUCAUCCAGCCCAUUGUCAGCAUCACCAUCGCCUUCUGGAUGGGUGGGCUCAACGGAGUCAUUGCCUAUUUUGUCGAUUUGGCCAUGAUAGUUCUUGGAUCUGUGACAGCACAAUCUAUCGGCCUGUUUGCCAGCGCCCUCUUCCUCAGGAUUGACCAGUCUAUCAUCUUCGCGACAAUUUUCAUGCUGACCACUCUCCUGCUUGGAGGAUUUUACAUCCAGCGACUGCCCGCCUGGCUCACAUGGGCUCAAUACUUCGCAUUUGUCCUCUACCCCUUCCACGUGAUGCUGUCUGUUGAAUUCUCCGAUGAUCAUUCCAUUCUAUGCAAAGCGGAGAACUCAGCCUAUCACCACUGCAAUCUGGCCAGAAACACAACCAACAGCUCUGUCUACAUCCCCAGGGAUGAGAUCCUGGCCUUUUUCAAUGUCACCCUCCCAAUCUGGGCUAACAUCCUCAUUCUCCUCCUGUUUAUGGUGGCUUUUCGUCUUGCCUGCUAUCUUCUGCUUCGAUUCUACCGGAAGCCGUGACCACAUCUUCUGCAAUUUCCCUUUGAGUCCUGGGGCCAGAGGGGCAAAGGGAAGGGGUGAAGUCUGAACUUGCACCUGUCUGAAACUGGCCUCAAUAUCAGACACAGGAGAAAAUAUACCAAAACAGGGGCUGCUGGUGUGGGGAGGGACUUGACAUGGACACCAUCAGUUGACUUAUGGGAUCAAGAGGAAGCUAUUCAGACCCCCUGACUCCUGCAUCCUGUUACACAGGAACUGGAGGCCAUUCAGCCCCCUUCUCCAGCCUGUCCUACAGGAAUACGAGAAUGCCUGCUAGUCUACUUUAGGAAGCCAAUGGGCCUCUAAUGUUAAAGUUAAUCAACAAGGACAUCUGGCAUUGCGUGCUCCCCUGCCACUCUCAUCAGCUCAGCUAAUUGAAACAAAGAUGCUAAACUGUGGGAAUCAGGGUGCCACUGCAUCUUUACUUUCUUCCCCAUUACCUGGUUUGCCCAGGAAAGCCGAGUCAGAGAUUUUGGGCCGGGGUGGGGGGAGGUGGUGAGUGGGAGUAGAGAAGGGCUGUCCUCAUGAAAGAAGGAAGCAUUGGACAGAAAAUAAGUUCAGAUAGUUUGCUAGCUCCUGUGAUGGGAUAUCUGAACAAGUGGGACUCACACCACGUUAUAAACAGAUCCAAGCUUUACUCAAUUCCCAAGUGCCUUUGGACGGUGUUUCACAUGUCUCUACACCCCUCUAGCUGAAGAGGUGUGUAACUGCUGCUGUUUGCAGUCUGUACCUGUAACUGCACUUUAAUCUAUGAAUGCUGCUCACUCCAAUUCCCUUGAAUGUACAAGCUUCACAGUCCCUGUGACAAGUGUGAAAUAGUCAAAGUAUACAGAGUUGUUUGGUCAGUCUAUACCAAAGCAGUGCAAUAAAAUAAAACAUUUCUAUCCCUUG